AUGGAGCGGGAAAGUGGAAGCAACAAUGGCACGCCACCAAGAUUCCGGCCGGUACGUCUGUUCGGCGUGGACAUAACCCUACCGGUGAAUGGCGAUGGUCGGCGGCAACCUACAACGCCGCUGCAGAUUCACUCACUCACAAUCACUCAACUGAUCGAUUCUUUUUCUCCCGGCAACACAACAAACCCGCCGGCAUUUCAUUCAUCUCUCGCCGGUGGCCUGCUUAGAAACAGCUCUAGCGUCACCAGCGAUGCAACCACAAUAACGGUUGUAGAAGAAGAAUCCGAGGUCGCCGUUCUUCCGCCGCCGCCGUCACCGCCGCACAGCCACCCUCACCAAUCAGCUGUGCCACCGCCGUUGCCGCAAAUUGAUACAAGGGAUGCUAAUAAUUCUUCAAUAAUGGAUGAACGCAAUCUUCAAAUGCAAGUAGAGAAUGGUUUGCGGGAAGCAGGAGAUGUGGACCCGGAUAUGGUCAAUUCCGUAGUACAGCUUAUUUUGGAUACGUUGGAAGUACUUGAAGACAAUGUGGACCAUGAUGACAUCCUGAACGUGCACUUGUCAAUACAGUUAGAGGAGAUUAUGGAGGACUCAUACGAUGAGCAGGCAGGACUGAGUGAGGAAGUUAUUAUGAGUCAUUUGGGUACCUCUACUUUUGAAACAUCAUCUGAUGAGGAUAAGGACUCUUGCUGCAUUUGCUUGGAUGAGUUCUCAACCGGAGAUGAGCUGGGAAAAAUCAACUGUUACCACAAAUUUCAUUUCAUGUGCAUACUGGAAUGGCUGAAGCGCAACAACAUCUGCCCAGUUUGCAGGGCUAUAGCUUUGUCUGUGAGCUGA